AAGGUUUCAGAACAGCGACCGGAACUGACGUUAGGUAGCAGCAAGUUGCCUGAUUCUGUCCUCACGAAAAAUGAAAAGUCGCUAGCAUAAUUAGAGAAUAAAUUGUUACUUUCUGAAGGAAACUUUUGUUUUAGGCCGUGUGUUUACUUGAUUGUAACCAGUUAAAAAGAACGUUUGUUACCUUAGCUGCUAUUUUGUUGACGCCGGACCCCAGUGAAGAAUCUGACCCUGUAGAGGCUGAAGCUGUCUGUCAUCGUGAUUGUGUGAUAAUGGCGGAUCCUGCGCGGAUCAAAACCGAGGUCACACUUGAGAGCCCAGUAGCCUGCCAAGAUGAGAAGCCUAAAGCUAAGGCGACAAAUGACACAACGUCCCCUGCCCCAGAAAAGCCUGCCGACGAACUAAAGGAGUCUUCUUCGCAAGACCAGCAGAAACAGGACGAUGCAUCUGAGCCAGCAGCAGCAGAGGAUGAAGAGGAAGGGACUUCAGGUCAGCCUGCAUCGAAAAGACUGAAGGUGGAACCAGAAAAGAAAAAGGAGAAGAAGCAAAAGGUUGAUGAGGACGAAAUACAAAAAAUGCAGGUUUUGGUGUCAUCUUUCUCUGAAGACCAGUUGAAUCGUUAUGAAAUGUACAGGCGUUCUGCCUUCCCUAAGGCAGCUAUUAAGAGGCUGAUCCAGUCCAUAACAGGAUCCUCUGUUUCCCAAAACGUGGUGAUCGCCAUGUCUGGUAUCUCCAAAGUUUUUGCUGGGGAAAUAGUUGAGGAAGCGCUGGAUGUUUGUGAAAAGUGGGGAGACACACCACCUCUUCAGCCCAAACACAUGAGGGAGGCGGUGAGGAGGUUGAAGAGCCGCCAUCAGAUUUCCAACACCAAGUACAAAAACAUUCUGUUCCACUGAGGUUUGCAGCCUCAAAUAACAUGUCAUUGAUGAUCAAAAUGCCCCUACUACGAAAGUGGUGCCGUUGCUCCAAGGAAACGUUGCGCCAGUUGUCAGACUACUUCCAACUUGUUGAGCCAACAUCAAGAUCAGUCUGCAUACUGCCGAAGAAACUUUGAUGUGCACGACCAAUGACUUUGAAAGGGAAGCAACACACCUGGUUCUUGUCCAACUGUCAGUGUAAAUGAUUGCUACCACAUUCAGUUCAAUUGAUAUGGAGUUGUACUGUCAAGUAUGGUUGUAAAUACAGUCAAUUUUAUUAUUGAUAGAA